UUGAGGUCGUGUUAUGUUGAUAGUGCUAAUGCGAUCUUCAUACACACAACACAUGCCUUUUUAAUGUCAUAGUAACUCAAUGACUGUCCCAGUCGGUGUCCAAAUAGUGUUGUGAAUUUCGUGUUUAAUUUUGUGAAUAGUGUAGUUUUUAUCAAGUGAAAAUGUAACCAUGAAUUUUUAUGAUAUAAGAUAUAAGUCGCGUUUAAUUGCAAUUACGUGAUAAGUUUAUUCAAAGAACCGGUUUUUACGGCGGUUGGUAUCUUGAUAUCGCGUUGGCGACGGCAGUUUGUUUACGAUGGAGUUUUCAUUUGGGAAAUUGAAGAAUAUUUUAAAUACCAAGAAGGACAAUCAAUUAGCUGGCAGCGGGAGCCUGGAGCCGGAAAUUGGAUUCAAGUUGUCGCUCCAUCCUGUGGCUAAAACUUUAUAUGUGACUGUUAUUGGUGCGCGACACCUUCCUUCCUUUUUCGGGCUUAGUAGGGCCCAUGGAUAUCUUGUCAAAGUAAAAAUUUUUCCUGGAGAUAGCAAAUUUGAAACCACACUACAGGAAAGCUCUUGGCCAAUAUGGAACGAAGACUUCAAGUUUCAACUAAAGCAAAAAGAUACAAAAAAAAACGACCUUCAGUCUCUAGUUGCCGGACAUUUUUUAUCGCUAACAAUUUACGCCGUGCUAGAACCGGCAAAACAAGAAUCGGAAAAACGGAGAGGCGCCAAGACUGAUUCCAAAACUUCAAAAGUUGCCACUCAAGAAGAACCAAAAGCCAAGGGAGGUUUUCUUGAAAAAACUUUCAGUAGUUUCAAAUCUACUAAAGCCGAGGCCGCGUUACAAAAAUCUGUGUUAGAGAAGCGCAGGACUCUCGGUGCAGCGACAUGGAAUUUCGAUUCAAAAUUAUUCCAAAAUGAUCUGAAAAAUGGUUUGAUCGGCACUCCGGAUAUUUGGCGACCCAUUAAUGCGAUUGCAAGUGGAUUGGCGGCUUCUGAUUCAAGGCGGGAAAACAAGAAGGGCCAGUUGGAGGUGACCCUGCUGUAUAACAGCAGUGAGAAUGGAUUGAAUGACGUGGUCCAGCUCACUGUCAACCGUCUGAGGACCAGUGUGCAGACCAUGCAAGAACAGGAGCAAUUUAGAGCUCCGCUGUACCUUAAAGCCACGAUACUGGAAGCAAAUAAAGCUGAAUGUUACUGGAAGAGUGACCGAUUUGAACCGACAAUAUCUGCUAAAUGGGACCCGAAAUCUUCUACAGUUAAACUCUCAGUGUUUAAAGCUAACCUAGACAAAGUCAGUAUCUACAUUAGUCUUGGUUGCAAGUUAAAGAUGGGCAAGAAAGAAAUACUUGGAAAAGCAACAAUUGACGCGAAGUCUCCCUACAUCGAUAGCUGGAACGAGUGUUUGCAGAAGCCAGGUGUUCCCAAAACUUUUUGGGUUAAUUUCGACUGAUAUUAUUUCGAGAUGAACCCUUGAAUUUAGAGACACUUUCGCUACAUACUUGAACUAAGAUGACUGCAAAGUUUUGUACUUUGCUAUCUUAUAGAUUCGAUUUUAGCAGAUAAUAAAUGCUCCUUUUAUGUUGUGCACAAGUCAUUGUGUGUUUUUGAACUAACCGGACUCGAGCAUUUGUAAAUUUAUAAGUUUAAGUAUAUCCCUUGAUAACACAAAUUACUGUUAAAGUUUAUUAGUUUUUGGCUCUCACAGUAAGGACUUGAUAAAUAAAACAAAAAUAGCCCAUAGAUGUAAUCUUGACUUUGAAUUUUAACUAAAUCACGCGAUGUUAUAUUGUAGAUUAAGAAUUAAAUCUCAAAUGUAAGAUAUGUUUUAAAGGUAUCAAAUGUUAUAAGCGAGUUGAGAGCGAAGUCGGGGCGCAUUAAAAUCAAAAUGAACUUAGUUCAAAACGGGCCCUUAGCUCAAACAAACUGAAAGUCACAGGUUAUAAUGAUAUUAUAAUUAUAAAUUUAACUUUGUAAUUUUGCUUUAUGAUGAUUUAAUACUUUAAUAUAUUUUAAACAAAUAUUUUAUCGCUCUUGUGCCAAUUUCGUUUUAUAUUGAAUUUGUUUACAUAUUUCAUAAUUAGGUGACAUCAUAAAUGACAAAGAGAUUUAUUAUAAACUUGCAUAUAAAUGUAUAAACAUGUUAUAAUGUAUCCUUCGUCCUGUAUACAAAGACAUGAUCUCCUUUCUAAAAUGCUUCUACCGCUUAAGAAAGGAGAUAAUUUCCUUGUAGUAACAUAUAGAUAUAUUCUCAAUUUUUCAUGUUAAAAUAAGACAAAACAACAUGAGAAAGAAUUAUGUAGGUACUACUCAAGUCAUUUAAAAUAAAAUAUUAAGAAUUUUAAUCGUAAAGUCAAGAUUUAUGUUUGUGAUUAGAUAUAAAAUAAAAAAAAUUAUAAGUAUAUGAACAAAUGAUUGUACCUAACGUAUUUUUUUAUCACAAAAAAGAUCUUAUAUCAUGCACUCUUAAUACCUAAUUUAAAUAUAUUUUAUUAUUUAUUUCGUAUUUUAUAUAAAGACAUUGCUAAUA